UGCUUAGGGGGCUGGCUCGGGGAAAGGGAGGGGGGGUUCGCACGCUCAAGACGGCCUCAGAUAUGAGCUAUAGGGUUAGCCACAGGAUCAACCGGUUCGGCCAGAGGAUGUCGGGCCUCCAGAUUAACUUCAGCCCGCUUAAGGAGCCACUGGGCUUCAUCAAGAUUCUCCAGUGGAUAGCUGCCAUUUUUUCUUUUGCCACUUGUGGAGGUUUUAAGGGCAAGACAAGUUUCAUAGUUUCCUGCUCAAGUCUGAGUAUUAAAAAUGAGACAAUUGAAGCUGCCUUUGCUUAUCCAUUCAGGUUGAAUCAAGUUUCACUUCAUGCAACAGCAGCGCAGGAUCCUCUGUGUGGUGUAACUUGGAGCAGUUAUUUUCUUAUAGGAGAUUUCUCUUCUUCUGCCCAGUUCUAUGUUACAUUUGCAGUCUUGGUUUUCCUAUACUGCAUUGCUGCACUUGUACUUUAUAUUGGUUAUAUGAACCUAUAUCGGGAGAGUCGAAAAAUUCCCUUUAUUGACUUCGUUAUUACUCUUAUUGCUACUUUCUUAUGGUUGGUGAGCACUUCAGCCUGGGCUAAAGCUCUGACAGACAUUAAAAUGGCCACCGGUGAAAGUCUUAUUGGUCAGAUUGACUCAUGCAGUGAUAAGGAUGUACACUGCUACUUUGACUCUGUGACCAGUAUGGGAUCUCUGAAUGUAUCUGUGAUCUUUGGUUUUCUGAACAUGAUACUUUGGGGAGGAAAUGCUUGGUUUGUAUAUAAGGAGACCAGCUUGCACAGUCAGUCAAACGUUUCUACCCAUGGCGCAGGAACAGUUGCACCUCCUACAGGAAUGUAAUUAAAGGAGAGAACUACACUGUGUGAAAUUAGAAUAUAUUCUACAACGUAUUGCCAGCAUCUUUAGAGACAGUGCAAUUUGUUUCUAAUAAAAGUAAUGGUGUUUGCAAUAAAUUGAUGGAUUGAAAAUUCUGCUAGUUUUUACAUGAAAUAUGUGCCUUAGAUACAAAUUUUGGAUGUAAAUGUUUCAAUUUGUAGACUCGAAGAUCUAGGGAUUUAUUAUGAGGUUGUAUACGUAAAAAUAAAUGUGCAGUUUCUUCACUAAAUUUUUUGCAUAGCAAAAGUGUUUACCCCUUAGGCCUUAACACGUGUAUCUUUAUUCAGGAAGUGGAUGUAUGAUUCUAUUUUAAGAAAGGAAGAAACUGCAUCUGAAUUACACACUACUGUAAGUUUGUACAGUUCAUAUGCUUUAAGACCUGUCUUUGUUUAAAAAAGGCUUAUUGCAUUAUAAAUAUAGCAUGGCAAAAAAAAAGUGUUUAGUUCAGAACUUAAAUCUAAAUAAAUACGGUUCAUGUUAAACAAAAAUUCCUGAAUGCAGAGAUAGGUUUUAAAAUAAAUAACUUUAAAUAUUUAAUAGUUGUACAAAAAUGUUUUGAGGAUAGAGAUUGGAAAUUUCAAGUGUGUAUAAAUGUUCUUUGAUACGGUUAAUACAGUAAUGCUACAAUUCAAAGUGUUUACAUUAUGCUGGUUGGUUUCUUAGACUAAGUAUACUCUAAAUAUGAUUCACCUAGACACUUUGAAAAUUGCAGGCAUAGUCUUAUUAAUAUUUGUCCUGUUAUUCACGCUACUUGGUUUCAGGAUGGGAUAAUCCUACAAGUGUAGGAAAAAAAAUUUUAAGUUUUUUCCUUUUUUUUAACCCAUUGAGAGAAGAAAUUAAGUUUGUUUUUUAUUUUUGAGAUGCAUUUAAAUGUUUAGAGUCAAUGAAGUUACUAUUGGAAGCUCAGCACUGAUAUUAUGAAAAUAAGAAAUGAGAUCCAAAUUUCAUUUUUUUCUUCAUGUUCUCAUUCUUACUACAUAAAUGGAUGAUUUAAAAAAUUAUGUAUGUGUGGUAAACAAAGGAACACAAGUGAGCUAGCUACAUAAUGGGUGCCUGUUUCUUUGUACACAUAUUUGGUUGUAUUUUGAGUAUGCACAAGUCAUUCACAUUAUUUGCUAAUCUUUAUAGUUGCGUUGUACAGAAAUUCAGAUUUUUUUUUCUUCCAAAUUGAUUGUUACUUUGUGAAGCACAACUCACUGUUGCCACAUUUUGGUUGCCUUUAUUCAUGACAAGAAUUGUCCUUGUAAGAAAUGUAUGUCUUUUAUGCAGCCAACUUAAUAAAAAAAAAAGUUGAAAAAUGAGUGAAUUGAUUUACAGUAAGUCCCAUAGUAUAUACAUACACACCUUAACGUUUUUAAGGUAAGUUAUAGUUAGGCAUAAAGGUAUUUUCCCUCUGAAAAUGGGAACUGAUUGAAACUGAUUUCAUGGAGUAUUUUGGCAGGGAAUAAAUCAGGGUAGAGUUGGUAAAAUCUUAAUGUACAGUCUGAUUCUAUCCUCUCCUUUCCCAGUUCCAUUUCAAAGAUUGACUUUUGCUCUGUAGAUGAUUUUUCCAUAUAAAAUUAAGGACAUGUAGGAACUUCACCUACAUAAGUGUCCUUUGAUUCUUGAAGGCAGUGUCAUUGAACACCUGGUUGGAUAGAUACUACAUGGUAUAGCAGAAAGAACAUUGGAUUUAGAAUGAGGAAAUCCUGGAUUUGAGUACAAAUUCAGACAUUUACGAGCUUUCAGAGCAUGAAAAAGUCACUUCACCCCUCUGAGCCCUAAUUCCUUCAUCUCCCAAAUGGAAAUAACAUAUGAAGCACCUAGUUCACAGGAUUGUUGAACUCAAAAGAAAUAAUACAUGUAAAGUUUUUGUAACCUUGAAGUACUAUAUAAGCAUUUUUUCCAGCUGUUGUUGUUACCCAGUUAGAAAGAUUUCGGGUAUGGGCCUGGAAAGAGAUUGUUACCUGAGUAGGGAGCAGAUCAGCACUAGAACAUUGGUCACCAAGUGAUAGAAUUUUAUUUGACAAGCCGUGAAACAGAAAACCACAAAAUAUCCCUAGGUCAUUCACGUCUAAUCCCUUUUGAAUUGAUGGCAGGCAGCUUCUAAGAAUCAAAUUUUAAUUAAUCUAUGAAUAGUGACUUGACUGUUAAUAUAUUGGUUUGGUCCAGGGGUGAGAAACCCGUGGUCUGGAAGCCACACAUGGCCUUCUAGAUCCGUUGGUGUGGCCUCUAAGUCCAAGUUUUCAGAACAGAUCUUUUUAAGGGGAUUUGUUCUGUGAAGUUUGGAUUCCGUCAAAGGGCCACACUUGAGGACAUAGAGGGCCACAUGUGGCCUCGAGGCUGCAGGAUCCCCACCCCUAAUUUGGUCUUUGGAUGAACGUGAAGAGUACUAUUGAUGGAAAAGACUUGAGGGAUUAGCCUUUGUAAACCCCUCAUUUUAUAGAUGAAGGGACUGAGGCUCAGAGAGGUUUUAACUUUCCCAAAGUCACACAUGUACGUAACAGAGUCAAGAACAGAACCCAGGUCCUUUUGAAUUUAAAUACAGUGCUUUUUCCAAAAGCUAGAAAUUUAUUUUUUUUUAGUGUUUUGUUGUUGCUCUUUUUAAAUAUGAUUGUCAUUUCCCAAUGAUUCCACCUAACCCUCUCUCCAUAAAACCAUUCUUUGUAACAAAUGCAGUCGAGCACAAAUAAAUGUAUUGGUCAUG